CAUAAGAAAACAGAAACACGUGUCUCUGGUGAGGGAGUGAAGGCAGUGCUAAUUGUGCUGACAGACUUUUGGCCCCAGCUCGCUCACGGCGCACUGAGGAGUUCAGCUCGUCCAGCCUGACACCUGAGAGCUCUGCCGCAGCGACACGCUUCACUUUAUUUCGGAACAAGGAGGACUCGCCUCGUUUCUUUUCGCGGAUAUGCGCCGGAAAAGAGGGCACACCUCCAGGAGCGGGACAUAAACGUCAGCCAUUGUCAGCGUCUAAAAUUAGCGAAGGCGCAGAUCCACUUAAAUAUCUCCUCGAGGAAAAAAAAAAAAAAAAAAAAAAAGAAAGAAAAAGAAAAAAAAGGAAUACAUUUCAUGGACAGCUCCAGAUGACGAGAGCUCCUCCACUCAGGCGGAGGGUCGGGUUCAGCAUCUACAAGGAUCUCUGAUGGAGAACACUCCGCGGCGGAGGAGAGGAGCUCAUCUCCGGGCCGUGCUGCUCUUGAUCUUUUGGACGACACUUCUCAGGGACGCGGACGGCCAGGGAACUUUUAGUGACUUGACGGGGUUCAGUUUGAAUCCGCCGUACUUCAACCUCGCAGAGGGCUCCAGAAUAUCUGCCACUGCAACCUGCGGCCAGGAUGAAGCUGGCGCGCCGAGAGUUGAUUUGUACUGUAAGCUUGUCGGAGGACCAACUCUGGGUCUCCCUACUCAAAAUAUACAGGGUCAGUUUUGUGACUACUGCAACUCUUUGGAUCCAAACAAAGCCCACCCGGUGACCAAUGCAAUUGAUGGGACAGAGCGGUGGUGGCAGAGCCCGCCUCUCUCCAGGGGAAUAGUCUACAAUGAAGUAAAUGUUACCCUGGACCUUGGGCAGCUCUUCCAUGUGGCAUACGUCCUAAUCAAGUUUGCUAAUUCACCUCGUCCUGACCUGUGGGUGCUGGAGCGCUCUGUGGACAAUGGGAGAAAAUUCACCCCUUGGCAGUACUUUGCUCAUUCAAAACGGGAGUGUAUUGAAAAAUUUGGAAAACAACCCAAUGGUCGUAUUUUUAAUGAUGAUGACCAGAUCUGCACCACAGAGUAUUCACGAAUCAUACCUUUGGAGAAUGGAGAGAUUGUGGUUUCUCUGAUAAAUGGCCGUCCGGGUUCCAAAAACUUCACAUACUCACCAGUGCUCCGUGACUUCACGAAGGCCACAAACAUUCGCUUGCGCUUUCUUCGCACCAGCACUCUCCUAGGGCACCUGAUCUCCAAAGCCCAGAGAGACCCCACCGUCACACGCAGGUAUUUUUAUAGUAUUAAAGACAUCAGCAUCGGUGGUCGCUGUGUUUGCCAUGGCCAUGCCCAGGUCUGUGGUGUUGGUCGGAAUCUGGACAACCCAACCAGACUCCAGUGCGAGUGCCUACACAACACCUGCGGCGAGACAUGUGACCGCUGCUGCCCAGGCUUUAACCAGAAGCCGUGGCGGGCUGCAACUGUUGACAGCCCCAACGAUUGUCAGCCCUGCCAGUGCUUCACCCAUGCCUCCGACUGUUAUUACGACCCAGAGGUUGAAAAGAGGAGAGCAAGUUUGGACACCUUCGGCAGGUACAAUGGAGGAGGAGUGUGCAUUGGCUGCCAGCACAACACUGCAGGAAUAAACUGUGAGAGAUGCAUGGAAGGUUUCUACAGACCUUCCGGAGUGCGUCCUGAAUCUCCAACUGGAUGCAUACCUUGUAGCUGUGAUGAAAGGACUACAGCCGGAUGUGAGAUGGGGUCCGGGAGGUGUAUCUGCAAGCCACAGUUUGCAGGAGAAAGCUGCGAUCGCUGCGCUGAUGGACAUUAUCGCUACCCUGAGUGCAUUCCUUACUCUGCAUACCUGACGACCACCAAGUCGCCUGCAGGCCCUAUAGUGGGACCCACUGCCUGCCCCCCAGGCUAUUUCAACUCUCCUAGAUGUCAACCAUGCAUUUGUGACUACAGAGGCACAGUGUAUUCCAUAUGUGAUGUUUAUGGGCGCUGCCUCUGCCGUUGGGGCAUCGAGGGGGAGCGAUGCGACCGUUGUGAACCUGGAUACUACUCCUUCCCAAGCUGUCAGGCAUGUCGUUGUGGAGGAGCUGGCGUUGCUGAAAGCAUGUGCGGUCCGAAUGGUCAGUGUAACUGCCUCCCUAACUAUCAAGGGCGUGAGUGUGACCAGUGUGCACCAGGUUUCUAUGGAUAUCCAGACUGUGCUGCCUGUCGGUGUUCGUCGGAGGGUUCAUAUGGAACUGGAUGCAACCCAUUAUCAGGCGAAUGCCUCUGUUUGCCAGGUGUGGUGGGCCAGCAGUGUGACCGCUGUGCAUCUGGACUCAGGUUUCCCCAGUGCUCGGACUCCAUCAGUGUUUGUAACCCAGACGGAUCCGAAGUUCCCAAUCCUCUAACGGGCAUCUGCCGCUGCCGAGCCAAUGUAGAAGGAACACUGUGUGACAGGUGUAAACCUCUCUACUGGAACCUAGCUGCAGAAAACCCUCGUGGAUGUACAGAAUGUCAGUGUGAUCUGAAAGGGACACUGAGCGGUGUUGGAGAAUGUGAGCAGAGAGAGGGACAGUGUCACUGUAAGCCAAAUGUCUGCAGCCAUGCAUGUGACUCUUGCAAAGAUGGAUACUUUCUGCUGCAAAAAAAGAACUACUUUGGCUGUCAAGCUUGCCAGUGUGAUUUAGGAGGUGCUGUUGGCAUGACAUGUGAUCAGACCUCUGGACAGUGUCAGUGUCGGGAGAAUGUAACUGGCCGUACGUGUGCAGAGCCUUUCCCUGGUUACUUUUUCCCAUCUCUGCACCAGUUGAAGUUUGAGGUGGAGGACGGCACGACACCAAAUUCUCGACCAGUCCGCUUUGGUUUUAACCCCCAAGAAUUCCCAGAGUUCAGCUGGAGAGGUUAUGCUGUAAUGUCACCUGCACAGAGUGAAGCCAGGGUAGCAGUGCAUGUUGAUCCGAAAGAGGGGCGGCAGAAUUUUUUCCAUGUGGUUCUGCGGUUUAUUAACCCCAACAGCGUCAGUGUGACUGGUAGCAUCAAGGCUACAAAUAGCAGAGGCACUGCAGGGGAAGUUCAGAGUAAGGAAGUGAUAUUUCCUCCGAGUUCAUCCCCGUCCUUUGUCACCGUCCCAGGAGAGGGCUUCACUGAACCUUAUGCAUUAAAUCCUGGGAAAUGGAUCAUUCAUAUAAGGGCUGAGACAGUUCUUCUGGAUUAUUUAGUGCUGCUGCCUCGAGAUUACUACGAAGCUUCUCUGCUGAAAGAAGAAGUCACUCAGCCCUGCACAUACUUACACACUGCAAGCAAGGAUGAAAACUGUCUGCUGUACAAGCACAUCACCAUGGACGGCUUCAGCUCUGUGCUCGCCACACAGGGCAGGCUGUCCACCCGGAGUGGGCGGAGGAAGAGGAGACAGACGCGUGUGCGGCGUCCCACUCCAGAUCACCCAGACAUGGCAGCUCUCAACGGGAGACAGUCUCGUUUGGAGCUCAGUCUUCGUGUGCCUCACUCAGGCCUGUAUACUCUCAUUCUGGAGUAUGCCAGUGAGAUGGACACUGUCCAGAAUGUCAACAUUCUCAUCAGUGGACAACCAGAGAUGCAGAUCAUGGCCAGAGCCAAUAUUUAUAGUUGUGUUUUCAGCACUUUGUGCCGGAGUGUCGCAGUAGAGAGCAGAAAUCAAGUGGCCAUGCUGCAGCUGUCUCACAGGACAGAGAUUCUUCUACAAACUUCUACAACAUCAUUCCUUCUGUAUAAAAUCUAUGCAGUGCCAGCAGACAAGUUCUCUCUGGAGUAUGUGGAGCCUAAAGUGCUGUGUGUCUCCACUCAUGGUCGCUUCACUCAGGACAGUCGACAUUGUGUUCAACGGGGGUUUGACAAGCCGUCCUCAUCCUGGGUUCUGUAUGCCACCCGUGAUGGACAGCUGUCAUCCACACUUGCAGCGGCUCUCCAACGGGGCAAGAGUGAAGACUGGAGGCGGAGAAGACACUCCAGCUUGCUCUCUGUCCAUGAUCCUCAGAGUGACGGGACAGUACUUAAAUUCCCUCAGACUGAGAUCAGUUUUACUCCAGUGGUGCCUCUCCCGGGUCGGUAUGUUGUUGUGGUGCAUUACCAUCAGCCUGAACACGUCUCCUUCCCAGUGGAAGUGCGAGUAAAUGCAGGUCAUAUGUGGAAAGGUGAGAUGAAUGCCACAUUCUGCCCAGCAGUUUCAGGCUGCAGGGAGGUUGUUGUUGCCGAAGGCCGCAUUGCUCUCGACUUUAACGGGAAUUCUGCGCAGCGGCCCAGCAUCUCUGUCGUCGUGCCACAUGGGAAGACCCUUCUUUUGGAUUAUAUUGUGCUGGUUCCUGAUAGCAGUUACUCUCCGGAGCACCUGCGAGAGAAGAAACUUGACAAGUCUGCAGACUUCACAAAACAAUGCACAAAUGAAGGCUUCCAUAUUGAACCAAGGACCUCAACCCAGUUUUGCAGAGAUUCGGCCCGCGCUCUUGUUGCAGCUUACAACGGCGGAGCCCUUCCCUGCGACUGCGAUAAGUCCGGCUCAACGGGGGCCGUGUGCGAUCCUGUUGGAGGACAGUGUCCCUGCAGGCAGCACGUUAUCGGGAGGCAGUGCAACAAAUGUGCCACUGGAUACUAUGGAUUUCCCUACUGCAAACGAUGUGAAUGUGGGCGGCGACUGUGCGAUGAAGUGACUGGACGCUGCAUCUGUCCUCCUCAGACGGUGAAACCAUCCUGUGAUGCGUGCCAGCAUCAGACGUUUAGCUAUCACCCCUUACUGGGCUGCGAGAACUGUGGCUGCUCUCCAACCGGCGUGAAUGUAAAUGCAGGGCUUCAGUGUGACACUGUUACUGGACAGUGCAGUUGCAAACCUCGUAUCGGAGGCCGGCAGUGUGAUCGCUGCGCUCGGGGCUAUUAUCGCUUUCCCGACUGUCUGCCCUGUGAGUGCAACCAGGGAGGAGUCACAGCCGAUGUGUGCCACCCAGACACAGGCAGGUGUCUCUGUAAGCAAAACGUUGAAGGUGUCAGAUGUGAUGCGUGCCGGGAAGGCUCCUUCUACUUUGAUCCAUCGAACCUCCUUGGCUGCUCCAGCUGCUUCUGCUUUGAAGCGACCAAUCAGUGUCAGAGCUCCAACAAACGGCGAGGAAAGUUUGUUGAGAUGCGUGGCUGGCGUUUGGAAAGCCCAGACGGGGAGGAGGUUCCUUCAGUGCUGAACGCUAUCAGUAACACAGCAGUGGCUGAUAUUCAGGAGCUUCCUGCUGCAGUUCAAGCCCUACACUGGGUGGCGCCACAGUCCUACUUGGGAGAUAGGGUUUCAUCUUAUGGUGGCUUCCUCACCUACCAGUCCAAAUCAUUUGGGAUUCCAAGUGAGGGCAUGACUCUUAUUGACAGACAACCAGACGUUCUGCUGACUGGUCGGGCUAUGAGCUUGAUCCAUGUGGCUUCACAGGCUCCCCUUCCAGACAGGUUGCACCAAGACAGAGUCCAACUCUUGGAGGGAAACUGGCGUCAUGCAGGCACCAACAGGCCUGUCUCCAGACAGGAGCUCAUGAUGGUCUUAGCAGGUCUGGUGGGCUUGAGAAUCAGAGCCCUGUAUUUUACUCAGACCCAGCGACUCAGUUUGGGGGAGGUGGGCCUGGAGGAGGCAACGGAGUCAGGAACUGGAGGUCCAGCAAACACUGUGGAAGUGUGCUCUUGUCCCACUGAGUACACCGGAGACUCCUGUGAGAAAUGUGCUCCUGGAUUCUACAGAAAGACCAGCUGGCUGAGUUUUGGCCGUUGUCUGCCCUGUGAGUGCAACGGUUUGGCUGACGAGUGUGAAGAUGAAACAGGGAGGUGUCUGAGCUGCAAGGACAACACUGGUGGGGACCGAUGUGAGCGCUGCAAGGAUGGUUAUUUUGGCAGCGCAGCACUGAGGACAUGCAAACUGUGUCCAUGCCCAUUUAGUGUACCCUCAAACAGUUUUGCAGUAAGUUGCGGAGAUGUGUUGGGAGACAUCCAGUGUUCUUGCAAACCGGGCUACACUGGAGUCAGGUGUGAGAGUUGUGCUCCUGGUUAUUAUGGUGACCCGCUGAUACCAGGAGGAAAUUGCCAGCCAUGUACUUGCAACGGAAAUGGAAACAACUGUGAUCGUAGGACUGGAGUCUGCAAGAACUCCCUGGAGCCAGGAGACACAAACACAGAUGAACACUGUCAAGAAUGUGAUAAUUGUGCUCAGACGUUACUAAAUGACUUGGAAAAACUCGACCUUGAGCUGGCAAGGAUGAAGGCUCAACUAGAUAAUGCUUCCGUCAGUGGCGCCUUAAAGGAAAGGCUGGACAAGCUUGAAAAGGCUGUGUCUGAUACUAAGAUCCUGGUCAACAAAUUCAGCACUGUCAUUAACAUUCAAAAGUCCAAAGUGGACCAGCUUGAGGAAGACGCUGACAGCCUUGCAGAUGACAUUAAAUCCAUGAAAGACAAGGUUGAUAAAAGUGCUGGAGACGCUGACAAAGCCGUGGCCAAUGCUGACAAAACCCACAAAAGGGCAAAAGACCUCGAAGACGAGAUCCAAAAAAUGCUUGCGAAAAUUAAAGACUUACUCUUUCAGCUGAAGAAUGAGGGUCGAGGUGAUUCGUUGCCUGCUGAUAGUUUGACUAAAAUGCUGGAGAAGGCUCAGUCCAUGGUGACAGAGAUGGAGAACAGAAACUUCACCGCUCAGAAGACAGCUGCUGAGAAAGAGAGAGCUGAGGCCAUUAAAUUGCUUGACUACAUCAAGAAUAAUUUUAGUAAGCAGAGUGACCAGAAUGAGGCUGCAGCAGAGAAGAUCCACAGCAACCUGAAGGAUUACAAUGCCAAGUUGAAGGACUUAGAGAAAGCUUUGGAAGAAGCAAGAAACCUGGUGAAAAAAGCCAAUACCCAAAAUGGUCUGAAUGCCCAGACACUGAAAAACCUGGAGAAACGUGUUGAUGACUUAAAAAACGAGCGUGAAACUGUUAAGAAACAGAUAGUUGUGGCUGAGGAAGAACUGAAGAAGACAGAGGAUUUGGUGAAAAUGCUCUCGGACAGUAAGACGGAGUAUGAGGCUCUAGCUGCACAGCUGGAUGGUGCCAAGACUGAUUUGACCAAGAAGGUGAAUGAGAUCACCAACGCAGCGGCAAAGAAGGACCUUGUGGAGGCUGCAGAGGAGCAUGCGAAGAAGCUAUCCGAGCUAGCAAAACAAAUCAAGGAUGCUAUGAAGAAUGCAAGUGAACUUCCCAAGGUGCAGGAUGCAAAGGAUGCUAUUGAGGCCUAUAAGAACAUUACAAAAGCGAUUAAAGCUGCAGAGGCAGCAGCUAUGGAGGCCAAAGACGCUGCAGAUAAUGCCCUCAAUAUUGUAAACAAAGAGAAACUCACAGAUAAAGCCAAAGAACUAAAGGACAAGAGCAGUGCCCUAUUGAAAGAGGCCAAUGUUUCAGGACAAGAUCUCCAAGGUUUUGCAAAUGACCUCAAUGACUUGAAGAAUCGUCUGGCCAAAGCAAAAGAAAAGAAAAAUGAUCUCAAGGACCGCCUCUCUGAUGUUGAGAGACAAUUAAAUGACACCAGCAGAGAUGCCAUUGCGGAUAUGAUUGAGGAAGCCAAGAGGAAAGCAACUUCAGCCAAUAACACAGCUGCCAACACUAUGGACAAACUCAAUAAAAUUAGGGAGGAAAUCGACAAAAUCAAUGUGUCUCCUGUUAACGCCAAUCUUAGCAAAGACCUUAAUGAAGUGGAGAAGUCUGUGGAGGAUUUUCUGAAAACAAUUCCAUCACUGGACGACAAGAUCUCUGAGGUUGAAAACCUGACUUCCGGGUUUCCAGGCCUCAACAAUAUAUCUGAUAACAUAAUGAAGAUCAAAGAACUUAUUGAACAGGCCAGAGAUGCAGCUAACAAGAUUGCGGUCCCCAUGAAUUUUGCUGGGGAUGGUCACGUCGAGCUGCGCCCACCAAAGAAUCUAGAUGACCUGAAGGCCUAUACAACCCUGUCUUUGUCACUGCAGAGACCCAAGGGGAGAGGAGAUGGAAGCCGCAGGCGCAGACAAGCUGGAGACAAUACAGAUAUGUUUGUGUUGUACCUUGGCAACAGAGAUUCCUCAAAGAAUUACAUAGGUAUGGUGUUGAGGAGUAAUCGCUUGUAUGGCCUCUACAAACUGAAUGGACAGGAGUAUGAGCUGGAGUCUGGUUUCAUUUCCACCUCCGACCCUCAGCCGGCCACAUUUGAUAAAGUGGAUCUGCACAGAAUUUACCAAGAUGUGGAGCUAAAGCUUACCAAAGACAUAACCUCUGGGCCACCUGAUAAGGAGUAUAGCAGUCGUCAAACCAGGCAAGGAUGGGAGAACAAGAACCUCCUGAAAUUCAGUCCUGAUGACGUUGUCUUCUACGUUGGAGGCUACCCAUCCAACUUCACUCCUCCUCCCUCUAUGAAGUUGCCAAAAUACACGGGCUGCAUCGAGUUCUCCACCUUUAACAGGAAGGCCAUGAGUCUCUACAAUUUCCAAAAUAAAGAAAGGAUCAAUGUCCAGACUCCCUGCAAGAGAACUGGAAGUCCAGUAGAUGCAGACUUUUAUGAAGGCACCGGAUAUGGCAGAGUGGACCUAAGCCAAACGCCAAGAAAUAUUGACAUAAGUUUCAAGUCUAGCGUGGAAAAUGCUUUACUCUUCUUCAUGGGAGAUGAGAAUAAUUACUUAAUGGUGACUGUGGAGAAGGGUUACAUUGUUCUUCAAAGUAAUGGGAUCCCAGCCCCAUCUAAAGGAUCAGAAAAAGUGUUCCCAGUUCAAGAUUUUGUGACUGUCAAGAUCAUUUUUAGGCCUGACAAAAUAAGUGUUGUUACUAGCGGCUCACCAAUUGGGGUCCCAUUCACUCAAAACGAUUUCAGCAACAUUAAAGAUUUCUAUACUGGUGGUGUAACACAAGAGAUCAGGAAAAGGUGGGGCAUCACCACUCUACCAUUCAAAGGAUGUGUGAAAGAUUUGAAGGUGAACAGCAAUUUUAAACCGGUUGAUGAACCAGUGGGAAUCAGCAAAGGCUGCUUACGAGAUUCACUGAGUUCUUUCAAAGCACAGUUUGACUUGGGGAGCUCCCUGAAGGCAGAUCUCCAAGAUUUCAGCUUGGAAAACAACGUAAUUGUGUCUCUUGGAUUCAAGAGCACAGAGACCCAGGGCAUUAUUUUGCAGAACAAAAAACUGGAAAACCAGUUAAACAUUGCUAUGGAAAAUGGCUAUGUGAUUCUGCACUUUGACACCAAGAAAUGGAAAUCAAACAAACAGUACAAUGAUGGAAACUGGCACUAUGUGACUGUCACCAAAAAAGACGGAAGUGUUGCACUGCAGAUUGAUGAUGUAGACUACGGUCAGGAAGAGAGUGGCACCAUAUCCAUACCUGACACAGCGGGCUCUAUUUUGCUCGGAAAAGAUAAUUUCAAAGGAUGCAUUUCCAACUUGUACACUCGAAGCCCAGUCGACGUGUUUAAGCCUGCAAACUUACAUGACUUUGAGGCUUCAGGUGAUGUCCAGAUAGAUGUGUGCACUGUCAGCAAUCCCUUUCAACUGAUAACAAACAACAAAAAGGAUAGCGUGAAGCAAAUAAUAAAUGAAAGCACUUCGGUCUGUGAAUUCCCAGCCACGCUUCAACAUGCUUAUCGCAUGGGAGGGCCUGCGAGCAGCCUAAGCUACAGCCUACCAUUACAGGUCUUACAACCCAAGCCUCACUUCUCUCUGGAUGUCAGGACUCGGUCUCCUGAAGGUCUGCUAUUCUUUGCAGCGACCAGAGGAGGGCAGUCUCAUCUGGCGUUGUACAUGUCUAAGGGCAGGAUCAGACUCUCUGUGGGAAAACAAAGGGAGAUAUUCAACAGAGAGAAGUACAAUGAUGGAAAGUGGCAUUCGGUCAUAUUCAGUUUGGAAAAGAAGAAGUUCCGGUUGGUUGUAGAUGGGAUCAAAGCUCAGGAUGGUCAGCUGACCAACUCUGAGUUGAAGUCCAUGCAGCAGUUUCUCCUACCUGCAUACCUGGGCAGUGCACCAGAAUCCCUUCAGAAAGAGUUAAAGUCAAAGGCUCUGCCGAAGCAAAGUGUGUCCGGCUGUGUGCGUAAUUUUAAGAUGAAUGGAGCACUGAUGUUAAACCCAUCAUCAAACUAUGGUGCAGGACCCUGCUUUGAAGGGCCGACACAAAAAGGGGCGUAUUUUGCAGGAAAUGGAGCACAUGUCGUAAUCAAUGACUCCUUUGUUUUUGGUUCUGACCUGGAGCUGCUGUUUAACAUACGUCCCCGCAGUCAGACUGGACUCCUGCUUCAUGUCGGUGAUUCCACUAGUCAUGUAAACACAGUGGGCCACUUUCUCAGCAUCUAUAUGCUCGGGGGAGAGGUGGUGGCGCACGUGAACAAUGGAAGAGGAGAGUACAUGACAUCAGUGAAGCCAAAAAUCUCUUUAUGCGAUGGAAUAUUUCAUAAAAUUUCAGUAAUCAAGAGAAAAAAUGUUGUACAACUAUCUGUGGACACAUUGGACAACUACAAGAUAGGUCCACCGUCUUCUACUUUCCCUUUGACCAAAGAUCCUCUUUAUGUCGGUGGCAUUCCUGAGACGCUGAUGCAGCAGAUGCUUCCUGUCACAUCCUCCUUUGUGGGAUGUAUCCAGGACAUGAAGGUCAACGACGUAUCAGUCUCCUUCCACAGGUCAUCAGGCGUGUUUGGCCCUGUCAACCUCAAAGAGUGUCCGGGCUGAGCAGUUAUGCUUGAACAAGCCUUGGGACCACGUCCUCUACCCACAAUGUGCAAUCGGUUAAAAGACAGAGAAUGUGCCUGUGUGUCAGAAUGUGUGGUGUGUGUGUCUGAAGGGAUGUGAGUGGGGGCUGUUUGCAGCAGCUUACAGGUUUAUCAUUUUAGCUGCUCUAUAUUUAUUCUGUGAUAAAAUCAUAUUCUUGGACAAUCUUCCUAACCGCAACACAACCAGAUGCAUGUCUCCAUUGAUUCUUUCUCAACAACCAAAUGCUACUGAACAGACUGGUGAUUAUUGAUCAGGGGAAUUCAUCAUCAAAAACCCAGCACUUUAAGAAAAUAAAUGUUGCCUUCUCAGAUGGUGCUGCAGUUGCAAUGAAAACUACUAGCUUUGUUGUCGAUUGUAGUUUUUUCUCUGUUGGACUCCAAUUUUUAUAAUAGAAUUAUUAUGUUUACACCUGCAGUGCUUAAGUCAUUGCUGUUUCAGGGGUCUCCAAGCUAUUAUCUAUUUAUUUCCACCUGCCUGCAUGUAGAGGUCUGCUUUGUGACUGGUUUAAAACACCUGCGAUCCUCACAUUUGAUCUAAGUUAUCUUCCCAUUUUGCAUUCCUUUUGCAUGAAAUUUAUGACGUUCUCUGUCGAUUUUUCACACCAUAAGAGAGCAUGGAUUUUAAUUUCUAUUUAUUCUAUUUUUUCUGAUAAGUAAUUUUUAAUUUAUGACAUUAACAUAGCUUUCACAACUGUGGUCAGUCAUGAAUUGGGACCAUUACAAAAGAGCUGCAAACAAUUUACAACAACUUAGUACAGAACUAAAUGUGUAUUAAAGAUGCUUAAAUUUCCCAACAGGUGUUUACUUUUCUGUUUUUACAUUCAUACCACAAUUGUUAUGAAAUGCGUUAUAAGAAUGCAUUAUAUACUUGGACGCAUUUGGACAUGCAUUCCUGCCUUGUGAUGACCGAUUUGUAAACCUGUUCCAUCAUUGUUUUUAUAGUUUCUUUGGCAAUAAAAGAUUAUUUGAUUUGUGUUUGAA